GCUUUCGGAGUUUCAACCCCUACGAAAUCGCAGCGAAGUCGUAUCUCGAGAGAAGAAGAAGAGGAAGAAGAAGAAGAAGAAGAAGAAGGCUCCAUUCGCACUCCUCCCCGAUCUCAGAUCUUUGGAGCCCGUUCCAGUUUAAAGUUAAAAGUUAGGUUUGCCGUUCUUGAGGAUGAGACCUGCCCACCUAGGAGAGAUGCAUCAGCUUAGUCGAGUGAAGCUAUCAAGGCAUAGUAUUAACAGGGAUCCAGAGAAAAGCAUUUGCAAAUCAUGGAGUAAUACCAUGUCUUGAAAACAAAGACCAACAAUGGCGAAAACCCUAGACUCGGAGGAGGAGUUCAUUGAUCACUACCUCGUGCUUUGCCUCCCCUCAGGCAAGGAAGGCUCCAAGUUAAGCCUAAAGCAGAUUGAUAAGGCCUACCGUGAUCAAUCUCGGAAACGCCACCCAGACAAGCGGCCCAAUGACCCAGACGCCACUGCUGACUUCCAACGACUCACCACGUCCUAUGAGAUUCUCCGCGAUGUUACCUCACGUGCUACCUUUGAUGCCCGCCUUUUCUCUAUCCAGGAGAAAGCCUUCCGUGCCUCACUUUUUGAUGCUAAACGGCGGAAGCUAGCGUCUGACCUUGAGGAGCGGGAGCGUGCUGCUGCUGCGCCAGAGCCUAACCCCACAGAGCUUGCUGCUCGAAAGGAGAAGAUGGUUGCUGCUGAGCUGCAAAAGGAGCCUGCUGCAUUCCAGUCCCGCAAGGCGAAGAAAACUACAUCCUCCUCAGCCCCUAGCCCUUCGCAAGAGAAAGCAAAAAAAAAUGAUGGGGUAAGUUUGGAUGAAGAAAAGGUAUUGAAGGUCUCUUGGGAGAGAGAUGGGAGGGAUUAUGGUGCUGUGCAGCUAACAGAGCUGUUUGAGAGGUUUGGAAGGGUUGAGGAUGUUUUGAUCAGGUCAAAGGGAUCCAAAAAGAAGGGCUCCGCUAUUGUUGUAAUGUUUUCCAAAGAUGCUGCGGUAGCAGCUACACAGAGUAUGAUUGGUGAUAUUUCAAAUCCUUUACUUGUUCUCCCUCUCCGAACUCCUUCUAGCACAUCAACCGCAUUCCCUGCAAAGCAAGCUGAACCAUCCAGUCCAAAACUCAAUAAUAUAGUUGGUGCUGGAUUUCAAGAUUAUGAAUCAUCUAUUUUGAAGAAACUUGAAAUGGCUAAAGAAAAGAAAAGAGCGCCGUAGAAUUUAAUCCUUUCUAGACUUCCAGGAUGUUUCAAUUUUACUCACAUUAUUGGGAAGGAAUCUUACAGCAUACAAGAACUUGAAGAUCUCCCAAGUUGCAGAAUUAUUCAUCUCAGAUGUGGAAGCUAUCUUCCGUGGCGGACAAGGACACAUGAAUCAGAGAAUGCAACAAAAGUUCAAAGCUGCUUUGGAGCAAUGUCAGAGUAGAAAUUGGAAACCAGAUAGCAUCAACUGUGAAUACUUAAGCUUGGUUAAAGCUGUUCAUUCCUUUGAAGAAUGUGUGACCUGGAGACUAGGAGCUGAAGUGGAUAGAUUAAAGACUCUUUUAAAACAAUUCCCUUACUUGAUGUUUGAAGCUAUUGACAGAGAGGAGAACUCCAUUAAUGAUCAACUUACAAAUUAUGCUCAUCAGAAUCCCAGUUUAGCCCUCUUCUUCAGAGGACUUGAUCUUCCUUGUUGGUGAUUAAAUGUUGCACCAACUUGAUGUGGGAAGGUCCUAGCACUCCCAAGUUGCUCCUUGAUUCUUUGAUUCAUCAAACUUUGUGUUCUGUUGUUGUUCUUCAAAUUGUUGGUAGUAGGUAUGCUCAUUUGCAUGAAUUAAUAUAAAAAAAUUAGUUAGCUCAGCAA